AAUUAUCUCUCCUCCAAUUGCGAAAGCAAGACCAGAACUGUAUAGCUACGAAUGUCGAGCCAAAUCUUUUGUAAAGAUUGAUAUAUCUUUUGCAGUGCGGUGAGAUAAUGACGUGUAUCUCAACUCCGUGGUGCUCGCUUAAAUCAUUUACUGAAGUGAAGGUUAAAACGAACAGGGAAAUGAAGUAGAAGAAAACAAAAAAACAGCCAUGGACAGCCUGAGCAGUGCAAGCACCAGGUUCGCCCUGGACCUCUUCGGGACGCUGUGCGGGAGCAACCCAACGGGCAACGUGUUCAUCUCGCCGCUGAGCAUCACCUCAGCCCUGGCCAUGGUGUACCUGGGCGCGCGCGGAAGGACCGCUGAGCAGAUGGCAAAGGCCCUUUGUUUGAAUCCAGACACUGACAUUCACAGAGGUUUACAGAUGUUUCUUUCUGAUAUCAACAAACCUGCUGCCCCUUACCUGCUGAAACUGGCCAACCGAUUGUAUGGCGAGAAGACCUACAACUUCCUUAAAGAGUUCCUGGAUUCCACACAGAAGUUUUUCCAUGCAGACCUGGUGGCGUUGGACUUUGUAGGGGCUGCAGAGGAGACUCGAGACCAAAUCAACCGCUGGGUGGAAGACCAGACUGAGGGUAAAAUUAAGGACCUUUUGAAGCCAGGUACUGUCACUUCCACGACAAGGUUGGCACUGGUCAAUGCCAUCUACUUCAAGGGGAACUGGCUGCACAUGUUUGAUGUUAAAGACACAAAGGAAAUGCUAUUUAAAAUUAAUCAGGAUGAGAGCAAGCCAGUGCAGAUGAUGUUUCAGAAGAAGAAGUUCCCUUUCAGCUAUAUCCAUGAGUAUGGCCUGCAGAUCCUGGAGCUCCCAUAUGUGGGCGAGGAGCUGAGCAUGUUCAUCCUGCUGCCCCAGGAAUCCAGUGAUGGCUCUUUCUCACUGCAGAAGCUGGAAAAAGAGCUGACCCUGGAGAAGCUAAAUGAGUGGACUGAGCGUAACAACAUGGACACUAGCACAGACAUCAACGUUCACCUUCCCAAGUUCAAGUUGGAGGAUGACUACAAGCUGAACGAGCCACUGGGGUGUCUGGGCAUGACAGAUGUAUUUGAUGGAGCCCUCGCAGACCUUUCAGGGAUGAACGGGCAGGGCGGCCUCUUUCUUUCCACUGUCGUCCACAAGUCCUUCAUUGAGGUCAAUGAGGAAGGCACUGAGGCAGCAGCAGCAACAGCAGGCUUAGUGGCCUUCUGCAUGUUCAGAGAGGAGCACUUUGUUGCUGACCACCCAUUCCUCUUCUUCAUCAGACAUAACAAGUCAAAGAGCAUCCUUUUCCUUGGACAGUUUUCCUCCCCAUGAACUCAUGGCUCAGCCCUUUGUUUUUCCGUCUUUUUAGUUUGGCGUGUACGCAGUUUAAAAAACAAAAUGUGGAACAUACAUAAUUAAAUCAACUGUACUCUGCAGUUUAAUAGAAGAUUGAGGCUAUGUUUCAUAUUGUUUCAUAGUGAUACCUGUAAGAGUGCUUUUUCCAGCAAUAUGCUAGCACAUAGCUUGGAGAGCCUGCUGCAUUUUGCAAAGGAGUGGUGAAGUACACACAUUAUUUGCCUUUUUGCUAAUGAUUUCUUUAAAUAAAAAAAAUUAUACUUGCUCUGAUGUUUUAUGCAGAAAUACUACUAUAUCCUUGAUAAGCUACUUAAUCUCACACACAUUUUCUAAACCGCUUGUCCCAUAUGGGGUCAUGGGGAACUGGAGCCUAA